AUAGCCAAUGUCGAACGAUAAAAAUCGACGCCGUUGAAUCAACGUCCUAUGUUUUUAUAAUCUUCGCAUAGCGAGUAAGCACGAUUAAUAUUAAUAAUAAUGCUUCGUCGCUAAUGCUAAUUCGAACGAAGAUAACUUCAAGCUCAAUAUGUAUUUGCUUACUAAUUAAUUAUUGAUAUUUCCUACGAGCUUGUUUCUCUAAUGCGCUAUAUUUGAAGAGAAAUUUUUCCCAGUUUUAUCGGUUUUUGUGAAAACUGUAACAGUAAAGCUUUCCGUAUUGGACUCGAAAAACCUUAUUGCCCUGUGUACGCUAUUUAUAACAAAAUAAAAUCAUAGAGAGACACAAAGAGAAAGAUAGAUAGAUAGAUAGAUAGAUAGAUAGAUAGAGAAAGAGAGCGUGUGUGCGUGCAUGUGUUUAAACAUGGAAGGAGAAAAUGAGAAUUUCAUACGUCAUACAAUGUUAUUAACUACAUACUUCAUUUCAUUAAAUUCUAACAUAUUUUGUAAAUACUAUAGAGUUUUGUAGCAACUAUUGAUACAUUGUAUUUGAUAAAGAAAUACAUAUAUUGUGCAUUGACAUUUCUAUGUACGAAUGUGUGAACGAAUGUAUACAAUAACACUACAGAAGGAACGAAUGCUAUAAAACCAGAAUCUCUAUUUCUUAUUGCCGAAAAUACGAUAAAAUUGUGAAAUUGCCACGUAUAGGUAUGUAUAGUUUAAUAACUACGAAUUUAGUUUGAUAUAUUUACAAUCAAGAAAUAACAUUAAUAUCCGACAUAUUCUACAAACAUUGGGUUACUUACAUGAUAGUAACUAGGAUGCCUUAUGGACGAUAAUAAUUUGUAGACAUAGCUAAUAUGAAAUUGCGAAACGACUAAUAAACUUGUAAAAAUAAUUUUGAAAAAAAUAAUUCAAAAGUGUCCGUAAAACCAAUCCAGUUAACGAUGUAAUAAAAUAUAUAUUACACGACCAUGCCACGUAAUCGUUUAAUUAAAUUUUAUCAGAAUGUUCAUCAGUUUUUUCAGUUUGUUACAGAAUUAUGUUGUCACCUUCGUCGAGUGCAAACGAUAACGAGGAUGUCUUUACUUAUCAAAUAGAAGUUUUAUUUCCAAAUAUCACAGAAGACAAAAUAAGAACCGUUGAAUUCUUAGAUGCAGCUCGAGGUCUUGUGCGAAUUAUUGAAAAACUUGGCAAAGUGUUUGCUCCAGUUAAAUAUGAUAUCCAGGGCAACAUUGAUAAACUCACGUCCCGGCAUGCAAAGGAUAAAGAAAAAAACGCGAUUCUACAAAAUAUGAUUCUAAUUGAAAAAAAUACUGAAACUAAAUUAAUCGCUACAGAUGCUCUAACGUGGUUAACCAGAGCUUUGCAUAUGAUUCUGUUAUUUUUCGAACAAAUUGUCGAGGACUCGAAAACGGCAACACCAACAGAGGAUUUAGUAGCAUUUUUAAAAAAAGCUUAUAAAGAAGCUCUACAGCCAUAUCACGGUUGGAUGGCGCAACAACUUUUUGACCUUCUUUCGCUCAUGGUUCCUACACGUUCGCAACUUUUACAAACAUUUACUAAUGAACAAACUACCGAGAUUAGCAUCAUUAUAAAGAGCAUAGAAAUUUAUUUAAUGCGUUUACGAGAAAACGUAUUAGCGAUACAGUUAUUUUAUAAAACUAAUAACCUCUGAGAUAAGACAUUUUAUUAGUCUGAGAAUUGUGUUCAUUAGGUAUUGUGUUAAUUGAGAAUAUUUGUUAAAGGAAAGAUCUGCAAUAUUUUGCGGUAUUUUAAUAUAAUGUACUAGUAUACUAUACAGUAAUUACACUUAGCCAGUAUUUGCUCAAAAUUCUAUAUAUAAUUAAAAAAUGAGAUUAGCUAUAAAGGUAUUUUAGAACAGUUUAACAUCCAUUUUAUGUACAUGUAUUGUAUAAAUGCAUUAAAUAAAACACUUUAGCACGA